AUUAUUUUGUUCUAGCGGUUCAAGCACACACAAACGGAUCCCCUUCCACUUUCUUUUUAAACCACGCUGAAACUGAGAGAGAGAGAGAGAGAGAGAGAGAGAAGCGACGAAGGCGAUAUCCGCGAAGAACAACGAAGAAGAUCAACCGGAGACGAACGACGUUGAAGAACACAUCAAACCCAAGUAGAACGAAGAACGAAAUCGACAGACGACGAAGGAUCAGCCGUUCGAUCCAGUAGAAGAAGAACGAACCACACCACUAAGGGAAAAUCCUAGGAAGGAAGUGCUGCGGCAAUGACAAAUGUUCGAAAGCGGACGCUGUCUGGUAGAGCAAAACUACGGCCAAAGUGGUGCGACUCUCUUACCCCACACCAGCAGCUGCAGCAGGGUAGAUCUAUUUGCUUUCGGGUUGCUGAUACUGGCACGGGUGUGUUUGAAUUCUAUUGUAUUCCAUUUGAUUUUGACGAUGAUUCGGACAGCCAGCCGAAAAACCAAAAGAAUGAUGAACCACCACCGCUACCAACAGGUAUCCUUCCGUUCCAGGAAAACGGUGAAAUACCAUGGUUGUCCACAUUUGCUGCCGUGGGUUCUUCUCUAUUCUGUUUUGGAGGUAAAAAAACAGGGGAAUUUCCGUUAUCCGCGUUCUAUCGCUAUGAUGAUGAUGAUGAUACUACUGGUGGCAUUAGGGGUCGUUGGCAUACUAAUAGUAGCUUCGCCAUGAUCCGUGCCAGAUGUCAGCCUCAAAUCAUAGCCAUGGGGGGAAAUCUUCUUGUCAUUGGUGGUCUUUGGAAAAAUUGGGAAGAUGGUUCUUCAUGGGCUGAAGUGUUUGAUCCUUGUUCGAAUUCGUCCAGUCCUGCAGCUUCCCUCCCAAACGAACUACAAGCCAAGCCCAAAGUAGUAACUGCAGCCCUUUGUUCCUCCAAUCAGAUUUUGGUGGCUUCCACCUUGUCGAAUGCUGCCUUUGUUUGUGAUGUCCGGACUCUGGUGUGGGAUGUUUUUGAUCAAUCCGACCAGUUUGUGUUUGGUAAGGGUACUGUUAGCCACUUCCGAGACGUACAAGGUGAAGCAGCCGUUGUUAAGGAUACCAUUUUGUGUUGGUUUCAUUUCCGUGGUAACCUGCUCCGUGCAUACGAUUUGAAACUCAAAAUGUGGUUCGAAAAGCCCAUAACAGGUUUGAAGAAGGUCAGCAAAAUAAUGUCAGACUUAUACGACAAUGAUUUCUCCUUGCUUCCUUUGGAUUACGACCACAUCUGCUUACUUUUGUUUGAUCAUUCGCCCUAUGCUGCCCAAACUUGUUAUUCUGUUUUCCAUUGCAUCAAAGUUCUAGUUUCUAUCAACUGCACCGGGGAGCGUCCCAUUUUCAAGGCUUCUGUUAUCUCCUUCCGAUCUUACUUGCUAAAAAAGAUGUCUCUGCACUUCAUUGAAGCUGUGGUCCUCUGAGUAAUUAUUUUUUUCUGCUCCACGCUUUCCAUUUGUUCUUUCUUUCUAUUUUGUUUAUUUCUUUCAAUUCCGAGGUUGUGAUGCUUUUGUCCCAAAUGAAUAUUAUUAACUCCUUGGAGUGCCUGAUAAUCAUGAAUUUUUUUUUUUAAA